CGACCAAGAAGAGGGGGUUGAGAAGGUGGAGAGACCACGCAAGGCUGUAUCUGAGGAUUUGGAGGGACGGUCGAGUAUAUCAUUCAACAAGAGAUAUCAAGCAGCUGGAAGAGACGUGGUCGUUGUUAAUUCGAGGGUCUGGGCCACGGUUGUUGUCUGGGUCAUCACUGUAUUGCUCAUAGCCUCUGGCAUAUCGCUCCUCGCGCUACUUUUCCAUUUCUACUGUACAACAAACGGCUUCAACUUCCAUUCUUGCUUUCGCUUCUACGACAUGACAUGUUCGUCGUUCUCAUUCGCGGGGUCUCGAGACCACGAAUCUCACUACCACGGGGAGUUUACGAAGUCCAUCUUCCUUCCCUACUACGCCCCCUUCAGCUCCAACUCCACGCCCAUGAUAACAGCCACCCUCCCAGGCGGCCGCCAGCACGGAAUCGCCAUCGACACAGGUUCAACUGGCCUUCUACUCGGCGCGCCACUACUCCCGGACAUCGACCCCUCCGCCGGCACGCCUGCACACUCGUACCUAAGCAGUAGUCGGAUUCUAUACACAGGCCGGCUGGUCGAGAUACCGAUCAAGUUCCACGGGCGUGCGGGAGCCACGGCUGUCGCCCGCGUGCCGGUCCUUGUCGUGGACGAGAGCGUCGUGUGCCCCUGGUACGACCCCGAGAGACACACGUUCGCGUGUCCGUACAAUCCCAACGAGCCGAGGCCUGUGCCGAGGGAUCUGUCGAAGAUUGCGUACAUGGGAGUUGGGUUCGGCCGCAAUGGACCGAAGGAAGGGAAGCCUAUCGCGCUGCCCAGUUUGAAUCCGUUCAUCAAUGUCGUUGAGGUGAACGGGGAGAAUGUGGCUGGGGUCGUGAGACAGGGCUACACGAUGUCGACUGAGGGCGUGCAACUAGGGCUCACGGCGGAGAACACACGCGGUUUCGUGUGGAAGGAUCUCGAGCCGGGCUUCACGCACGACAAGGACAGGAGGGACUGGGCGAUGGUCGGGAUGUGUUUUAGUCUCGACGAUAGGGGCAGGCAUUGCGGGCCUGCGCUGAUUGAUACUGGGGUCGCGCAGAUGUAUCUGAGGACUGGCGGUGGGCCGGACGGGGACAUUCCCACCGUGACGAUACCGAAUCCGAAUCCGAAUGGAUAUGCGGAAUUCGUUCAGAGGGUGAAGCCAGGAACGAAGAUUACGGUGGAGUUCCCGCGGGAGGACCAAGGGGGAGAUGAUGAAGAGCUGGAGCCGGUGGAGGAGUACUCGUUCAGAGUGGGCGAGGGAGCCACGCUGAUGGAGCCAGCGUACGUCGUCCCUGCGAAGCGUAUGUCGCCGGCGUUUGUGAACACGGGGAGAAACUUCUUGUACGGGUGUUCUGUAGCGUUCGAUGCGGAGGGAGGUCGAUUUGGAUUCCGGCGCGUCACGACGUCCUCCUCUUCCUUGUAGUAGCGAUGACGAAAGCGAUAUGAACGACAGAAAUGAAAUGAAGAUAUAUCUUGGGUAUCAUAACUCCCGCUAUCCUUCUCUUAUCAUCCACUCUCCCUCUUCCCUUCCCAUCAUUACCACUUAAACCUCUCACUCAUUUCCCCGUCACGCUCCUCAUAGGACUCCUAAACCCAUCCCUCAACUCCCUAUACUCCUCCACCGCCUUAACAAUACACCCAUGCGCCUGUUCGCCCUCCAAACCCGCGACCACAAUCGCGCCCACCACGCCCUCAACCCCCUUAACGAAAACCGGAUACCCGCC